AAAUACAUAUUUGCAAAUAAUUAAAAACUUUGGGCCAAUUUUCAAUUUCUUAAAACUUGUUUUUUUUUGGUGAUAAAACUUGUUAAAAACUCAUUUGGAAGUGCUUUUAGCGAUUGGUGUCGACUGACAGUAAUGGAUGGUACCGAUCGACACCAUGUCCAAAGCUUAAAUCUUGAUUUGUUUUUUUCAGCUACGAUUUUCUUUAUGUUUCAAGAUGCUCCAGAAUCUUCAAUUUUGUCCAAAACAUAAUUAAACCUCCAAUAACUCAAAGGGACUCGAAAUACCAAAAAGAUUCUAAAACCGGACUUGUUUCAUCGUCCAUAGCAAGCAUAAUGUAUCAACCAGACAUGUCAAUAAUAUUUCAGAUGGUUACCAUUUACCAAUUAGUUCUAUUGUUCUCUACAUGUGCCUCACCCACCUGUAUUUUUCUUCGGGAACCAACCCAAUUUGGGCCCUUUCACCUAUGGAUCCGAGCCAGGCCAAUCUAGUAGCAAGUCUGUUCCUUGUUCCUCGUUGAAUUCUUGCUAUACUGCACUCUGAAGUAUACCUCAGCACGUUUACAAUCACUCCGUACAAUUUUCCCUGUAGUAAAGCAACUCUAGCUAGUUUUCAAACUCUGUGCACAAUGAAACAAAAAAAUUAAUUUAAUUUAGUGCUGAGUGCCCAUGUGUAAUAAUCAUAAGUCUUGUUAAUUUGACUUUAAUUUACCUAACUUCUGUUUCAUAAAACUGCUAAUAAUUUUCUAAUGUAUAAAGUUGACAAACUUCAGUUUCAUCAAAUUAUCUCGAAUCUUCUAAUCAUAAAGUUGACAUAUUUAGUAGUAACAUUAUUGGCUGCCUUCGUAAGUUCCAACGUCACUUUAAAGACUUUAUCGAAGGGCUGCUGGUCGUGGGGAACUGAUAAUUGGAGCAUGAUUACUUUCAUCCUUAAUAAAAUAUUUGAAUUUAUCCAAACGUCUGCCAAUAUUGACUUGACGACAAUUCUAAACAUGCAAGCUAAUUUGACCCAAAAUCAACGCUACUGUAGUGGAAAUGUCUUUAUUUAGAUCAAAGAUAUGUUUUGAUCUUUAACCAAAAUCAUCAAUCUUUUUAAAAAUGUUUUUAAACAAUCUCUUGUCAAUAAUCCUCUGUUUUGUGCUAGCCGUUAGCUUCGGCUUUGUGUCUGCGCAAAGAUGUGGGAACUCUCUGUUUUUCAGACCAAACAAUGCUUACGAUACAAACCGUCGUCUCGUUCUCUCAACUCUUGCAUCCCAAGUCAGUUCUAAAAACGGCUACUACAACGUCUCGGUUGGUGAUGGCCCUGGAAAGAUCUAUGCCUUAGGCCUCUGCAUCCCAGGGACUGCUCCAGAGGUCUGUUCCGAUUGUAUCCAAACCGCAUCCGAAGGUUUACUAGAAAGUUGUCCGAACCAGACCAACUCAUGGGACUGGAGAGCCGACAAGACUCUCUGUUUCGUUCGUUACUCCAACAUAUCAUUUUUCAACCGGAGCGAUCUAGAGCCGACACAAGCAGAAUACGAUACUGGAAUGUACACGGGUAACGUUACAACUUACACUAGAGUAUGGAACUCGUUCAUGGAAUCUAUGAUCACCCGAGUCGGUCAGUCUCCAUCUCGAUACCUAGCUGAUGUAUCUCCUCGGAUAGGUGAGAGACUUGAUGAUAAUGUUUACGCGCUGAUGCAGUGUAUUCCGGGGAUAUCUUCUGAGGAAUGUGAAGCUUGUCUUCAAGAAAAUGUACGUGCGCACCAAAGAUGCUGCAAUGGGUACAUAGGUGGAAGUGUUGGAAAGCCGGUCUGCUAUUUCCAGUGGGAUGGUUAUGCAUACCUUGGUGCCUUUGAUGCUUUUAAUGACACGCAUUCCAAACCUGCUCCGCCGCCUCCUACUCCUCCCCCUCCUGCUCCUCCUCCUCCAGAUGGAAACAAGAUUGCUACAAGAGCUAUUGUGGCGAUUGUUGUUUCUGCGGUUACAUUUGUGGUGCUUCUUGCUUUUGGAUUAGUUAUUUGGAAGAGAUUGCACAAAAAGUUAAAAUUUCAAACUGAUGAUGACAUGACUAGUCCACAGUCCCUACAAUAUGAUUUUGCGACAAUUGAAGUGGCAACAGAUAAAUUUUCAAGGAAUAACAAGCUUGGCCAAGGCGGAUUCGGUGAAGUUUAUAAGGGAAUGCUACCAAAUGAAACCGAGAUUGCGGUGAAGCGGCUAUCAAGAAAUUCAGGACAAGGCACACAAGAGUUCAAGAACGAGGUUGUGAUUGUGGCUAAGCUUCAACACAAGAAUCUUGUUAGGCUUCAUGGGUUUUGCUUAGAAAGAGAUGAACGAAUACUUGUCUACGAGUUUGUCCCAAACAAGAGCCUUGAUUAUUUCCUCUUUGAUCCAACAAAGAAGAGCCAGCUAGACUGGAGAAGACGGUACAACAUCAUCGGAGGGAUUACGAGAGGGCUUCUCUAUCUUCAUCAAGACUCAAGGCUCACUAUCAUACACCGUGACAUCAAAGCAAGUAACAUUCUUCUCGAUUCUGAUAUGAAUCCUAAAAUAGCAGAUUUUGGAAUGGCAAGGAAUUUUAGAGUGGAUCAAACCGAAGACACCACAGGAAGAGUUGUUGGAACCUUCGGUUACAUGCCUCCAGAGUAUGUGACGUGCGGCCAUUUCUCUACCAAAUCUGAUGUCUAUAGCUUUGGAGUAUUGAUUCUGGAGAUUGUUUGUGGCAAGAAGAACAGUAGCUUCUAUCAUAUUGAUGAUGAUUCUGGUGGAAAUAUGGUGACACAUGUUUGGAGGCUUUGGAACAAUGAAGCACAUUUAGAUCUCAUCGACCCUGCGAUUAGGGAAAAUUAUGAGAAGGAUGAAGUCAUUAGAUCCAUCCAUAUAGGACUAUUAUGUGUUCAAGAGACUCCUGCACACCGUCCAGAGAUGUCUACAAUAUUUCAAAUGCUUACCAAUAGCUCCACUGUCCUACCAAUGCCUCGAGCACCUGGAUGUUUCCUCAGGAGCAGAUCCAAUUUAGACCCUUUAACCUAUGGAUCCGAGCCGGGCCAUUCUAGAUUCAACUCUGUUUCUUAUUCUAUAGUCACUCCUCGAUGAAAUUCUUGCUUAUUCUCUCCAUAUAUGACAAUUGUGUGUAUCAUUCCCAAAAAUUUGUGGGUAUCAUUUUCCUUACGGCACAAGCAAGUCCAGUUUUCAAAUCCUGUUGUAAAGAUUUUUUAAGAUAUAAAUUAUUUUGUAUGUGUUGGAUA